AUGGACGGUCUGUUUACCUGCCUGAGAUGUGCGAGAGCACUCUCAGCCGUAGCUCGACAGAGGCCCAAUGCAAGAUUUGCCCGACAGAUUCCCACCCGUCGGAGCUUCGCUUCGAGCACCUCGCUGAAGCACACGCCACGAGAUCAAUCGAGAACGGAGCAAGCCCGAAGCUCGAAAAGGUCGAUUCGGUCUGCGUCUACUGCCACUGCUCCUGCGGAAGAACCAGAUAACUUCGAGCGACACAACAUCCCCCCUACCGAUUACGGCGAGUGGCGAGCCCAUGGUCGAGUAGCCCUGGGCCCCAAUAAUCUCUUCCAUCCUUUCUCCAGGUCGCCAAUCCCCGAGAUCCGGCAAAGAGCGCGCUUUAUGAAGCAGCACGCAUUGUGUCCACACCCAGUGCAUCAACAGACUCGCGUACCGAUUUCACCCCACGAUCCUGAAGCGAGGAAGAUCGAGGGCGUGAGCACGGAACCUCCAGCUCACGUUUCAUUCGAGUGCCCGGAUUGCGGCAUAGCGACCUACUGCUCGGAGGAACAUUGGGCGGACGACUUCGAGGCACAUCUAGAAAUAUGCGACACGCUGAGACAAAUCAACGAGGAUGACCACGAUCUCAGAUCGGGACGGUGGUUCCCGGAGUUUGAGUAUCCUGGACCUCAGAUGGAUGAAGCCUUGGUGAAUAUGACCAACUGGGAUACCUUUCUCUAUACGCGGCAGUUUGAAGCAGUGAAUGACGAGAGAAGCAUGCGACAAGUUACCAAAUUGUUGACGUACCCUCUCACAAUUGGAAGUGUUUUGCACGAGCUGAGCCCGUACAAUAUCAGGCCCGGGGGGCGACUCACCGCAGAGGGAUUGAAGAGCUUGUCAGCUCUGCGAUACACUCUGCAUCCUCCCAAGACGGGCCAAGGCAAAGACAUCAAAGGUCUCAGGCUAUCGAGCCCUCCGGUCCGGAUAUUCGUCUUAGGCGCACGAGCCGAGUCGUCUCUACCUCGCGAAGUGUGGACGCAGCUGUCCUACCUUUUCCCUCUCUCCUUGAUUCAUCUUAUUUUCAUUGGACCUGAAGCGAUGAUGAAUCGAGAUGCCGAAUUUCCUCUCCCAGAAAGGACACCGCAGAACCCAUUCGGAGCCAUCGUGGAGGAUCGUGUAUCGCCAAAGAUGAAAAUCACGACCUACGUGGACUAUUUCCACACCCUGCAUGAGGCCAACGCGUUCUAUCCUUACGACCCAUAUUUCGAUUGCUUCAUGCUCUUUCACCCUGGCUUGGGGCACCCCGCAUCAGCACUGGAGUGGGAAAGCACUUUGCCUCGACUUCUUGAGACCAAGAUCCCCGUGUUAUGCACAGGAUAUACAGAGUGGGACAUGACACGCGACUGGCAAUGGGUCAUGGAGAAAUGUGCAGGCGAGGUCGACCUGCUGAUGGAACCUGGAGAGAACAGAUUCCGGUCUCUGAGAUGGGACUUGAAUGACCUGGACCCCCAGGAUAUUAGCUGUGGGAACUGGGGGGUGUGGGCUUUCCGAGGCAAGAGGUAUGAAGCAACUCGCCGCGACCUGACUUGA